UUUCCCUCCAUUCUCGUUGUCGGAGAAGAACCAGCAAGAUGCGCCUGGCAGACUUUCCUGGGAUCGCAUCGAUCUUGACACGGCUGGACGCGAGGAAUGUGUCCCGCACGCAGAAGCUGCUAGACAUGAUCAAGAGUUCGUUGGUGAAUCAUGAGCAUCUGCAUUCUGUGGCGACCACCACACCUACAACACCCAUCGGUGGGGUCAACUCAUCAAACCAAGACAACGUGUGGAUCAUGUCGGCGUUAUUUGCCAUCUUAUGCUCCAAUGAGUUGGAGAAGGAACGGGAUCCAUCAAGCGACGUUCAGACCCCAACACCAGUCACCCUCCAGGAACUCAUGGAAGGCUGCCAAGUGCAUUUGAGUCCGUUUCUGUCGAGCUUUACAGGUCUGUUCAAUAUGCUCAUCUUGGACUUGAGCCCCGACCUGCUCCACCGCGCCAACGUUCUCAAGGAACGUCUCACCGUGGCUGCGAUUCUCCAUUCCAAGUACGACCAACUGUGGCAUCGAUACGCGGACGUGAAUACCAAGCCCGCGACGGACGGCCGUCGGCAACACCUCUACGAAGCGGGGUGGCUCGUGUUUGUGAUCGUGCGCUCUCGUCUGCAGAUGCAACAUGCCGGCCUCGAAGAGCUGUACUACCUCCUCCUCGCCGUGCUGAACCUCGUGCUGUCACACCUUCCCAAUCCAAAGUCCGUCGAAGCCGAGGUCGCCGCCGCCUUGAGCUCCCUCAGUAGCACCGCCACUCCAUCGCCGUCGCAACUCUUGGAACAACUGUGCGCCAAGCCAGCCGUCCAUCGAGCCGACGUCGAGCGCGCCAUCGCUGCGCUGUCCGUCGAGCUCCACGCGCUAGACGACGAGGCGGUGCUCACAUCCAACGCCACCGUGAAGAAUGCCAACUACUUUGACCCGACUGUGCUUCCAGACAACGUGCACAACUUGGCCACGCAUUACCGGGAAACGUACAUGGUGCAUCUGUACGACCUGGACGAGUCGCACUUCCUCACGCCCGCGCUCAAGCUGACGCUGCUCGGUCCGCCGCGCGACGAGGCCCCGCCGCCGACCACGCCAGCGUUUUACGCGCCAGUGGUGGGAAGUACCUCGAUCGACCAGGCGUGGCAGUGGCAGGGCCAGUACAAGCCCACGCAGCGCCCCGUGACCCCUUCCCGCGUAGCCAGCCCCCGCCCCGCCAUAGCGCAGACCCCCGUGACCGCCGCCGUGGAAACCAACAGCUGGAUCCGGUCGGUUCUGAUGCCGCUGCCGCCGCAUCCGUCGGACACUCUCCGGCGGCACUUCGACCAGUGCGCGUCGAUGCCCGAGGCGGCGGCCAACAUUUCGCAGUGGACGGACGAGCUCAUGAACAAGUUGUCGUUGCCGACGUCGCACCAGCAACGGUUGCUGCAUGUCGGUAGUACUAGUAGUAGUACUAGCAGUAGUAGCCACGUGGAAGGCAGUUUGACCAAGACCAAAGCGAUGGGGCUUGGGUUGUUUUACAAGGUCCUGGAGGCGCUGUUGGACGCGGAAGCCGUGCGGAUCCAGUCGGGGGACUUUUCGGCGUUGCUUAGCAACUCGAGCUUUACACGCGCGCUGUUUGCAUGCAGCAUGGAGGUGGUGCUCAAGGCGCACAGCUUGGUGUCGCUCGCAUUUCCGCAGUUGCUCACGACAUGUGAUGUGGAUGCAUUUGACUUUGGCAAGAUCAUCGAGAGCUUUGUCAAGCGCGCGCCGCAGUUGCCGUCGGAACUCAAGCGGCACAUGCGAGACCUGGAGCAGACGGUACUGGACUCGCUCGUGUGGGCGUCGUCGUCGGGGCUGCAUCCGUUGCUGAGCAACCCGCAGCUCAAGUCGGCCGCGAUUCUACAACUGUUCUUUCGCAAGGUGUUAGCCCUCGCCGCGAAUCGCAUCUUGGCCCUCGGCCAGCAUCUGCAGCUGGACGCGCCCUUGCUGAACCAGGUGUGGACUACCGUGAAGGAGUGCAUCUCGGUCCAUCACUCGAGUCUGCUCCGUAAUCGGCAUUUGGACCACAUGAUCCUGUGUGCACUUUACGGCGUGUGCAAAGUCAACCACGUCGUGCCUGAAGUCACAUUCAAGCGAGUGCUCGACGGGUACAAGCGCGUGUACCCGACCGUGAGCAAGGCCAGCAUCGUGCGAGAGAUUCCGUUAGAUACCCCCACUGCCAAGGGUGACGUGAUUAAGUUUUACAACCGGUGCUUCAUCCCGACGUUGAAGGCGUUCUUGCUGCAGUUCCAGCUCCACGACCAACAGGCGACCGCCGCGGACGUGGCCGUGACCCCGUUUCUUAGCAACGACGGUAACAAGGCCAUGGUCAUCUCGGACAACGAAGUGAUCGCGGACGCCGCGACCCUCGCGGUCGAACGGCUGCGGCAGACUACCACCACAGCAACGACGUCCGAGUUGCUCACGGACAUCCAACCCCUCCCGAGACCUUCCCAGCGCGCGUCGCCCAAGCGAGUCCUCAGCUCCAACUUGUACAUUUCCCCGCUUCGGCAGCCCCGCCACCAGCGCGCCGCCCUCACGCCGCGCACCCAUGCCCUGUACGCGUUUGGCGAAAGUCCUGCCAGGGACCUAGCCUUGAUCAACCGAGCCGUGAACCCCAAGGGGAUUCGAGUGAACGCAUUACAGAUCACCACGGACGACCACACGACGACGACACAGUCAAGUCCAAAGCGGCUACGGAUGACAAUCGAGUAGUAGUACAGUAGCAAGUUAAGUGUACGGUACAGUUAAAUAAUAUAGUUUGAUGAAUUGGGUGA